GCACAAUGGCAAAGAGCAGUUUCACCAAGGUUAGGUGUUCCACCAGCUCCUGUCAAAAAUAGCAUUUGGUCAAGUCCUUAUAUAAGAUAUGGUCUCCCACUAGGUUUGCUAGCUACAGCAGGAGCAGUUAUGAUGUUGAAAAGAAAUAAAGCAAAUGUUAUAAAUAAUACUGAAGUAGCUGAAGUUAAACAAACUCCAACACCUUCGUCAAAACCAACGCCUUCACAAGCAAAACCUUCAAUGACUCCUGAACCUAUGGAAGUACAAACUCCUGUUCAAAAGUCAACUCCUAAACCGACUCCAACAUUUAAACCAGAACCUACGCCUCAAAUAAAUCGUAAAACUCCUGCGUUUCCUUACUGA